GCACAGAGAGAGAGAUAAACGUGAGAGAGUGAGCCAGCUGAGUGAGAGAUAGAGAUUGAUUGUGAGAUACUGAAACAAGCACAGUGAGACAGAAGGACGAUUCAAGAAGGACAGUGAGGAGACUGGAGAGGGAUUGUUAGGGUACUGGGGAAGAAUUGGAGUUUGAGGCCAAAAAACCCCCCAAAAAACAGGGACCAUGUUGAGGAGGAAGAGGAGCGUGUCCUUCAGUGGAUUUGGAUGGGUUGACAAGUCUACCAGUAGUGCCCUUCGAGCUCAGAAGCAAGAGUUGCUGACCAUCUCCAAUGUGCCCCUGGCGGACUGCCCUCCCUCUCCCCCAAGAACCGCCCCUCCCGCCAUGAAGUCCACUCAGUUCUUUGAUGUGCUAGAAAAGAUGGAGCAGGUUUCUGAAAUGGAAGAAAUAAGGCCUAGCCCACAAAGAAUAAAGGACGAUUACAUUCCAUACCCACGGAUAGAAGAGGUGUUACAGCGGGGUGAGCCAUAUCCUCAGGUCAUCCUGCCUCAAUUUGGGGGUUACUGGAUAGAAGAUCCCAAGGCCCCUACUACCAUUUCAAACUGGGAGAACGGUUGCUAUGACGAAGAAGAUGGAGAGGGAGGGAAUUCUGGAGAGUUUGGUUACAGACUGGAGAGUAACUUUGCCAUUCGAGCGUACCGCAAGCACUUUCUGGGCAGGGAACAUCUGAACUUCUACUGCACAGCUAGUAACCAUGGCAACCUUGUGCUGUCCCUCCGACACGAGGAGGUGGAGGAACAAGAGUACCUGCACAUCAUUUUCAGGACUCCAUCAAAAACAAUCUAUGACAGGAUCUCUUUGAAGGGCUUGGCUGAGCUCCCCAGUGUCCUUCAGUUAGCCAAGCUACUUUGUGAAGAUAUUGUGGGUCUGAGGUUUAGUCCUGUGCUGUACCCAAAGGGUUCUCAAUUAAUUGUGAACUAUGAUGAGCAUGAACUAAACAACACCUUUAAGUUUGGCAUCAUCUACCAAAAGUUUGGGCAGAUCUCAGAAGAGGAGUUAUUUGGCAACAGUGAGGAGACUCCAGCCUUCACAGAGUUCCUCAGACUGCUGGGAGACUGUGUAGAGCUGCAGGACUUUAAAGGGUUUCGAGGUGGUUUGGAUGUGUCUCAUGGUCAGACAGGGUCUCAGUCUGUGUACUCUGUGUUCAGGGGGCAGGAACUCAUGUUUCACAUCUCCACAAAGCUGCCCUACACAGAGGGAGACACGCAGCAGCUCCAAAGGAAAAGGCACAUAGGAAAUGACAUUGUGGCUGUAGUUUUCCAAGAGGAGGCCACACCUUUUGUGCCUAACAUGAUCGCCUCCAAUUUCCUACAUGCCUACAUCCUUGUUCAGGUGGAAAACCCUGGAACAGAUAACACCACGUACAAGGUAUCUGUCACAGCACGUGAAGAUGUGUCACAGUUCGGCCCUCCGCUUCCCAAUCCACCCAUCUUCAAAAAGGGUCCAGAAUUCAGAGAGUUCCUGCUGACCAAGCUGAUCAAUGCCGAGUUGGCAUGCUACAGGUCAAACCGCUUUGCCAAGCUUGAGGAGAGAACACGGACUGAACUGCUGGAUAAUCUUCAUAAUGAAUUACACAAGCACACACAGGCAAUGCUGGGACAACCUCUGAGUGCAGAUGAAGAGAAAAUGGAGAACGGAGGACAUGGAGGAAUACUGGAGUCUAUCAAGCGGGCAAUGCGUGUGCGCAGUCACUCUAUGGAGACAAUGGUGGGCUCUCAGAAACAUGGCCGUUGCUCUACGGCAGGAGGAGGCGUGCCUAACAGCUUGAGUGGGGUCGGCCUGACCCACAGCAACACUGAGACUGCCAAGAACUCUUCUCCAGUGACAUCAAGUGCUAAGUCUCCUUUGAAGAGCCCAGUGAAGAGACGGUCUGGACUGUUUCCACGGCUGCACACCAGUAUGGAUGGACAGCCAGAGCGACACACACGCAGUGUCCUUUGUGAUCAGAGAAGUCUAGAUUUUGGUCACAUGUCACAGGAAAUGAGAUCAUCAUUAAACCCCAGCUCAGCAGAGAUCGUGAGCAAUGAGAGACCACCUCUCAAGCUGAAGGAGGGCAAUGGGCACCCAGACAUCUUUUAUUCCUCCUCCAGCACCAGCAGCUUCAGCAGUGCUGCAGGAGACCCAGAGACACUGGAGGAGAAAGAGGCUAACAACCUCCAGAUAUCUCCCAGUCUCUCACCAGUAUUUGGUUCUCUGAGUACAGAGGGGCAGAGUGCAGGAACACCAGUGAUCAUGUGCCGCAGUCCAACAGAUUUCAAGAACAAGACCUCACCCAGAUCCAAUCUGAAGUUCCGCUUUGAUAGGCUGAGCCAAUCAGCUGCUGGGCAUUAACAAAGUGAAAAUCAAAGAAGAUCAAAAUCAUGAAAGGGAAUGUAUCAGUACAGAAGAUCAGACCCUUUUGGCACCAAGAAGCAGGGCAAUUAAAGAGGGACACACCACACAAGCCUGUGCUCAAUCACAAUAUCACAUGAACAAGCACAUGAGUAUAUUAAGCACAGAAUCAACACCCUCUCCUGUAUGCUCAGAGAUUCUGCAGGUUUUCAUCUGGUACUGAUUUUAUCUGGCAUAUUUAUUCUGCCUUACAAGGGCAAAAUACAGUAAUUACACCAACACUGAAACAGAGAAUAUGGCUUUAAAGAUUUUUUUUAAUUUUUUUAAUGUGGAUUUUGUAGUUACUGCAAUUUUCACUCUCUGUUUUCUCUGAAUCUAAGUACAGUUAAAGUAAAUCCGUUUGUCACAGGACAGAUCAUUGUCUAAGAGAUCUCGGUCAGAGAUUUCGGUCAUAGCUCAAUUUUGACAAAAUGUGUUGUUACUGCAUUUUCCCUUUGCAUGGCUGUAUUGACUGUUGUGUAACAUUUUAAGAAUGUCUUUCACUGUCAACAGCAACACAUUCUAAUAUCUUGUGUUACUAAAAUGUCAACUUUACAUGGAUCAGCAGUUGCCCAAAUAACAAGAAUUUUUAUUUUAUUUUAUUUUUUUAUAAAUUUCCAGCACCAAAAACAUUCCACAAGAUACAGAUUCCAUAAGUUUGUAAACAAACUUACAAAAUGCACUUGUCUGGCCCUAUAACUGCACAUCUGGGAAGACCUUGAUGAAACUGACCACAGUAGUGAUUCAUUUUACAUUGUCAUAAAUAAAUUAAUCUGGAAUGCACUUUAAAAAGUGGUAAAUUAUGAUGGCACAACAUUCCCUUCUUCUUUAAUCUUUAAAAAAAAACGUGCAAUCCCUGAACAUCUGCCCUAAGAUCAGGCAUUAUUUGGAGGUGGUCACUACUGUUUUUCUGGAAAGAAGAAGAGUAGUUCAUGUUAUAUAUUGUUAAAAAAAAGACUUGAAGUACUCAACUCUUGUUGAAAUGGAUCAUUUCUUUAAUGAUGAUAUAUACAUAUUAGAAAACCAAUAAUCACUCUAUCUGUUUAUAUUUGUGCAUAUUUAUGUAAGGGAAAAUACAUGCAGAUGAGUGAAGAAUUCUAAUGUUUACUGUCACAAACAGCUCAGCUGUGAAACAUCUUGCACUUUUAGAGAGAACUCUACUGUCCUUUGGUUAAAAAAAAAAGUUUUCUUACAGUCAAAAUUGCUGAAAUGAGCUGUGUUUAUUUCUGAUUGUACUGCUACAUGUGUAAAAGUUUCUGUAUGACAAUGUUGAUAUUGGAAAAUAAAAUAUAGUAUUUUGCAUUGGUGUUGAUUAUAUAGAAG